GCGAUCAUUUAUCAGGAGCAGGGAAUAGGAGGCUAUAGCGGAGGAGCGAGGACGACUUUUGGUUGUGGCGGUAACAGGUUGCUCGGUUGCACGGAGCUCGAUCGAGGCGAGGAUAGACGCCGAGGACUGGAGCGGCGGUGUUCGGCUCGCAAUCGGCAGUGUGAACAGCUCGACGGGCGCCGGGAGCGCGAAGCAGGCGAGGCGAGGCGAGGGUGGAAGAGCGAGCGAGCGGGCGGGCCGUCGAGGGAGAAUAGGAUUUGGAGUAUCGUGAAGUGAUCAGGUGCGCAGGUUCUGGAGGCAGCCGGCGAUUGUCAGAUCUUGGAGCGCGUCGUCGAAGCGGGGCGGGGGAUGCGUCGUUGCUCGCGGGCUCGCGGGUGUUGGUCGCGGCGGAGGCGGUGCUGAGGAAGAUGCCGGGAGAAGUAGGUCGGGCUAUAGAGACUGUAGUUGCGGUGGUCGUCCUGAGCCGCUUUUGUUGUGGUUUCGGCGAGUGAGUAUGCGCAGAUCGUCCUGGUGGUCGACAGCCGAACGUCAUGGGGAUUCUCUGUGAACCUCGUUGUAUCUUGCCUUUCUCCAAGCUCCUAUAGAGCCCGUCUCGAUGAACGGUGUGUGUCUGGCGGGUGUCAGUGCGUGAGCGGUGUCGCGCUCAACAUUGUAGCUGUAGGGAGUAGGCUAUCAGACUGGCUGCUUGCGAGGCGAAAUGAUCUCUGUGAAGAGACUAUGCGACAAUACGGGUAAUCAGUUCUACUUGGUCGAGUCUCGUCUGCCAGACGGGAAGCUUCAGUGCAUCACUCGAUCCUAUAAGUUUAGGUGUAAUGCCCGCGGGUUUGAAGACGCCGACGCUCGAGCGAAGGCUCUCAGGUUCGCCAUCACCACCGAUACUCUGGUUCAGUUUCGAGCUUUCAUCUUCAGCGAACAGGAUGCUGCGUCAGCGCUUGGAAGAACGGAGGGAUGUGCUUUGUCGGGGUCUCCCAGAUUAGAUGCGUUUUUGGCUCUUGGAUCGUCUCCUGAGAGUGUGAGGCGGAGAGGAAUUAGAUCUUACAUUUGCAUGCGACAGAAUCGCUUGACAGGACUGCGGUUCGUGGUGGCUAUGUCCCGGCUCGAGAACGGUCGCCUGCGUGCGGUUUCUUUCCAGGACCAUAGCUUAGUAGGAGGAGGUAUACCAGAUGAAGCGUACGAAGCCUUGAACAAGGCGGUGCGGUUCCUGCGAGGUGUGGCUUUCGAGAGCUGGCGCAAGCAGAACGUGAACGACUUGACGAGCAGGAAUCGGGAGACUUUCGGCCAUCGGAGGGAGCGCGCCCUCAAGCACGUUAGCGCUUUCGUGGAGAUUGAAACGGGAGAGAAAGUCGAUUGCGCGUGUGGGAAGAACCGCAGCCGAGGGCUCAUGGUGGCUUGUGAGCGCUGUGGGGCGUGGGAACACGCGGAAUGCCAGGGAUUCCGGUCUGAUAAGCAGAUACCUGCGGAUUACAUAUGCUCGGCAUGUAUGAGGGCGGACAGGGAGGAUGUGGUUGUCAUCAGGUUGGAUGAACAGGUUAGUCUCAGGAAUCUACGAGAGCUUCAGACUUGAAGCGCGGUCUUGUUUAACAGGGAAUUGAUGGAAUUUCACAGGGUUACAGGGACAGGAUAUGCUCUGGUCUGCCAGGGACUCCGUAGGUAGAGAUUUCUUUGCACACAGGAGCUGGAUAAGUGAAGGAUUACGUACUAGAGUUGUAAACAGUGACGAGCUGGAGAAAGGACUGUCGCUGUUUUGUCUUUUGCUUGGCAAGUAGUACAGGGAAAUGUCAGAUUGAGGAAGUGAUGCAGGGAUGGAUUACGUCUUUGGGCCUUUAAGGCAGGGCAAGAUCUAGCCAUCGUAUGUAACUUCUCGGUCCUCAGCCUCCUAUUGGUUUAGGUUGAUGCGACAGACACUGUAUGGUGCCAGCUGCCUGGCUUGGAGUCAAAAGGAGUUGCAUAGACCUUUUUAAGGAUGAAAACCCGGCAGCCUCAAGGGAGAAUGCGGGAAUUUGCAACUGGAAGAUCUGUGGACGGAUGCUAAAAUAAGAGAUAGAGAAGGAGUUGAACGAGUGUGCUGUGUAUGUGGCUGCGAAGACAAUCAAGAUUUUGAACCGAUGAUCCAUCCUGUGACAGAGCAUGCGUGUGAAGAUGGUGAAGCUUUCGCACAUCCGGCCUGUGUCUCUGCGGCUCAACACCUUUCGAAUAAAGCCUGGACUAGACAGGCAACGCUAGCUGGAUUGUGUCAAAUUUGCGGCGAGAGAUUUCUCAAAUCACCGAAGGACGAGCUUCUCACAAGCUCUGGAGUCAGUUCGGUCAAAACGUCACUUGGCUCUACAUCUCCCAAUACAUCGUCUCAAGCGCGCAGCUCUAGAAGAGCUGCCAAGACGGAUCAGACCAGUCGUAAGCGCCUGCGCAGCGCGCUGACAAAUGGUGGAGUUGUAGCCAAAGCAGAUGUUGAGAAGCGUCCUUUUAAGAAUGUUAAGGAGGAGGAGAGCGACGGUCACCCCUCGCAAAGUGGAGACAAGACAGACUCUGCGGGAGUGGAAGCAAAUAAGGUUGGUACCACAUUAUUUGGGCGACGCUUUAAUGAUGCAGCGGUUACCGUUCCCAUAAAGAAACGAAAAUUUCAAAUGUUGGAAGUACCUCGAUCUCCGUCACCGCCUCCAAAAUCGCCUUCACCAUCUCCCCAAGUGGACAUAGUCGCACCCAAAGGAGAGCAGUCUGAUCAAACAGUUUUGAGUUCCAAAGGUGAGGUAGGUCAGUGCUCAGAGGAUGCAGAAAUGUUGGAAGGUGGAUCGUUAGACACUGAAGCUGUUACAGGUGCUGGAGCGCACGCAGUGUUCAGCGUACUUGAGAGCAAGGGAGACAGUGGGAUGACUAUCUCUGGCAGGAAGCUUGUUUACCCGCUGUCAGAUGCCAGUGACUUGGUGGCACGUCACGACAGUGAAAUUUCUGGUGCUACCAGUGAAGUCAUACCAUUUGAGAAAGGUGCGGGGUCCUCAAAGAAGGGGUCAGACUCUUCUUUAACGAGAAGAUCAACGGCAACUCAGAGUAGGGUAAGCUUGAAUGUAAGUGACACAGCUCGCGGAUCCGAAGAGUCGAGAUACAGCAGAGCAGGACAACAGGACGAUCAUCACCCGGGCAAGGGAAGAGUGAAGUCCGGCGAGAAGUCAAAGCUUUCUGAAAACGGUAGGCCGACGGAACAUGAGAAUGUUCCGUCGUCACAUGGCCAGCAGAGUCGUCCUUUGGAUAUUAUCCAGCACGAUACGCUUCAUGUGCCACCUAGAAGAAUUCCGAAUGUGACUGUAGGUAAAGAGGCACUGAAAGAAUCUUCUGUGCACGCAAGUGCCGGGGCCAUUUCCCCAGACUUCCAUCAGUCAGGGGGGCUGCAUGCAUCAACAAGUAACCGCAGUCCUGUCACAACCGAUGACGUGAGAGAAUUUCAAGGAAGGCACUUAGUCGACGAUGCAUCUAGGAGUAGUGAUUUAGCAAGCAGCGUCCCUACACAAGCAAUCAGUGUUCUAGAACGGGACUUCCACAGCGAUGAGAAGCGUGAAAGAGAAGUCAGUACGGAGAGGGAGAUGCAUCAUGACAACGUUCACUCAGGUGAUGCAGACGUGAAAGAUGUGGCUAGGUCAUCGAGUGCAAGCCAAGGACCUUCGCGGGACGCUAGGCUGCAUUGGGAUCUGAACAUGGAUAUGGAGGAGUGGGAGAGGCCGCCUGAAGAGGAUACGGGUACCUUUACGGGCUUGGGUGUUGGAGCACAAGCUAGCACUUCUAAUGAUACCAAUGUAGAACGUGUUCAUAAAGUCGUUGCAGAUGAUUCAAGACUGGAUGUUUCUCUGGCUCUGCCUGAGUGUGCCAAAGUUAAUGCUGAAGUCGUUCUGGAGGAGCUGAGUAACGAGGAGGGUCAGGCAGUAGAGGUUACACACUUUGAGGGUGAGUGUGAUGUCUCGUCUAAUGACGCAGGGGGUGUUGAAGUAAAGUGCCUUGCUGAGGAAUCUGACGCCAUAGAUUCCGGGAUUGAAAAUCUCUCUGCAGAAAGGGUUUCGGAUCAGCAUGCACCAAGCGUAAUUGGAGUAGAGGCGGUUGAGGUAGAAUCAAAGGCUGCAAAUUUGCCCGUUGGAGGGGAAGAGAGCAGUCCAAAGAAGCAGGAUGAUAGUAAAGACGUCGUAGGCUCCGACCAUCAUGUAUUAUCUGCAGAUGAUGACAGAACCGGAGGUGAACAAAAGGAUGAAAUUGUGUUCCUCAAAAGUGCAGUAGAAUCAGAUGUGAAAGAUGAUGUAGUUCUUAAGUUGGAUUUCGAACAUGAGGGGAAAGUUGUGGCAGAACUGGUAUUAGAGUACAUUCCGCCUACCGAAGGUCAGUGUAGUGCCAGCACCAGUGCUGUGGAAGUCGGUGGCAAGUCUUCAAGUGACGCUGACUUUUCUGGGAAGUCUGAGGCCAAAAAUGUGAAGGCUUCUCCCGAAGAAUCACUUCAGGCGACUGUCAAGUCUUUGGAUGACGUUGUUAACGACGAAAGCAAUGUUCACAGUGCGGACAAUUAUGAUUUUGUCGAGUAUGAUGGUUCUGACUACGAAGCAGAAAGGGCGUCUGAUGCCGAGAAAGCUGUCCCGGACAAGACGAUGGAGGAACCCCAAAUGGCAGAAUUUGCACAAGCUGAAAGUCCGCGUGAAUGGAAUGAAGGCCAUAUCGAAGAGAUGGAGGCUGAACACGUUGACUAUGACGACUCUGCUGAUUCUAGAGACGGAGAAGAACUUGGUUCAGAUGCAGAUGAACGUGCGGACGGGGAGUGGAGAGGUAGCGUUGGAACUCGUCAUCAAGGUGAAGUAGAAGGUCCGAUUAAAGCCGAAAGGAAUGGAGAUUCAAGUCCUACCCAUGUCGAGAAAGGUGCUCACGGGGAAGUGAGUAAGCCUGCCCUUGCCUUCCAGGAUGACAAACAGCUGGAUGUAGAGAAGGCAUCGACCAAAGGUUCUGAUGUGGAAUGCUUACCCACGGAAACGAAGAGCGUCGCUGGAGGCCAGAGUGAUGAAAGCAGAGAACCUGAGGAUGGUCCUUCUCUAGAGAGGCACGGAGGCGACGACAAAGCUGCCCACAGGGAGAAUGCGGAUGUCAAAUUCGUAGAGAAUGCACAUACGAGGGAAGAAAAGCGUUUGCACGAGGACAAGGACCUUUCUGCUAUUGCAGUAAGACGAGGUGAUGGUCAAAGCAGGACUAAAUCAUCUGGUUGGGAUCAGUUACCUGAGGGCUUUGACAACCCUGAUGAUGCCUUGCGGGCAGCAAAAGGGAAUCCAGUUGUCCGAACUGGUCGCGGUAGUCCUUGGGGAAGUACUAACGGAAGAGGUGCCAGCAUAAGCCCGCGAGGGGGUCCAGUCACCAGUCGAUUUGGAAGGGGCUUGCGCACGGAUAGCAUUGGGGACAGAGCAAGGUCUGAAGACUCUUGGACCAGGGAUGAUCAUCAGCAUGGAUUAAGGGGUGAUGACACCCUUGAUAUCAGUCCCAGACUCGCUUCACCGAGAGAGCUUGGACGGGGUAGAACACAUGGAAGAGGAGGCUCACCUGUGGUUCGUGCGAGAGGCCGAAUGGAACCUUGGAUGGACAGCCCGAGCGGUCCCACAAGUCCAUGGGGCCCCAAUCGACAUCCUUCUCCGCCAGGUCGCUACAAUGACGCGGUUGGCUUCGGUCCUCGUGGUCCUACGAAUGCCGCUGCAGUAGCUGCUGCCAAGGUUGAAAGCAGUGGUUUUGUAGUAGCACCUGAUGGUACUGUGACCAAAGCAGGAAGCUCAUCGCGUGGACCCCCGAGACCAUUCCAAACCGGAGGUCGGAAUGGUAGGGGAGUAAUGUUCAACAUGGGAAGAGGAGGACCAGGAAUGGGAAUGGCUGUGGGGAUGAACCUUGGUGGUUUAAGAGUCAGCAUGGGAAGGGGAAUGGGGAUGGGUAUGGGUCCCGGUAUGGGUAUGAAUAUGGGUAUCGGUAUGGGCAUAGGAAUGGGUGUAGGACCUGGCCUUGGUCUUGGGUUACCUGGUCGUGGUGGCCCUGGAGGUCGAGGAAUGGACGUCCGAUACACAGGCCCUUAUACUGGCCGUGGAUCAGGCGGAAGUCCUCUUGUAGAAGGUUCGUCUUCAAGUAGACGUGGGAGGUCUCAUGAAGAAUAUCCUGAUAAUUGGUCUAGAAGGGAGGAACGGAGCGUAUCUCCAAGAAAGAGGAGGAGCCCUUCUAGGAGAUCAAGGUCGCGAACUCACUCCAGGUCGAGAUCACGAACAAGGUCUCCGAGGGUGCGCACUCCUCCUCGACCAACGAACUCUAGUGGUAGUGGUGGAGGAGUUGUGGAGAAGAGCAUUAAGAAGCGAAGCCACUCUCCUGCUGCUCAUAAACCAGAACUGAAGAUCGAGAGAGUCGAGUCACCUCCAGCGCGUCGAUCAGUACCUCCGCCACCGAAGCUUCCUCUUCCUCCGCCACCUCCGCGAAGCCAGAGGUCACCACCAGCUGGCUUGAAACGCUUGAGUGAUAGCAAGAGGGACGGAGACAGAGCUCGGUCGAGAGACCGAGAAAGAGAGAGGGAGAGGCCAACAACGAGAGCGCGAACUCCACCCAGAAGAACUUCUCCCCACGUUGUGCACGGCUCUGCGUUGAUGGAUGAUAGAGAUCGGCAAUUACUUGCCGGCAUAAGACAUGUAUCGCCAGCUGGCGGUCGACACCGAUCCACUGAGAACGCAGGAGCUACCGCAGCCGGCUCUACCCGAGACUCACCCCCUUUGACAAGUCCCUCAGCAACCCUUGGGCGCGUAGCUGAGGGCAAUAGUGAGGCACGAAGACAGUCAGGUGAUGAAGGUGGUGAGAGUAAAGUGCAUGGGCCGAGACGGGAAGAGACCGGUCCUAAAGUGGAGCAGCGAAGCAGCAAAGACGCUUCCAGAGGAGAACGGGAACGGAGUUCAAGAAGAGAUGGUGGUAGAGACAGGGAUGAGGAGAGGAGAGACGCUAGUAAGAUGAGUUAUAGCAGCAGAGACAGGGAUGGUAGGGGUAGUAGUAUCAUGAAGUAUAAUCGAGAAGGAGAUGAUGACGUGGCUCCCCGGAGGAGGCGGCCAUCUCCGUAGUCACUGUGAACUAUGAGCAGUAGUUUACUCGGUGGACAGCUUCCCAAUUUUAGGGGUAGCUUUUGUCCCAAAUGGCUGGUUGGUGAAUUGCGAGAUCGAGUUGUGUAAGUAACUUCGUUCAUUUUCUUGUUCUAAUUAGGUUCAUAGUGAUCACCCUCAUCACCCUUUUCUCUAGGGGUUUUCAACCAGUCAGCAUAUCAUGCCUUCACCUCAGUUAAUAAAAUGAAAAUGGUAACUUG